CUCUCUCUUCCCCAAUUCUCUCUCUCUCUCUCUCUCUCUCUCUCUCUCUCUCUCUCUCUCUCCGUGGCCAUAUCUCCAAAUUCGCUCGAAGCGGCGGCAGGGAAGACGAACGGUAGUUCUUCGGUCCUGUCUCCCACCCUUCGGAUCCCUCAUUCUCCUCUCCAAUUCUUGGGAUUUCCACACCGAACGGAUCCUCCCUAUAUGGUAAGCUCUCAGCUUCAGCUACACCAUUAUGCAACCGGCCGUGAAUCAAGGGUCAUUACUGUUCUUACCCUUUUGAAAUCUCAUCUUUUUAGUUACCAAGGUUAUGUUAGUGCUGCUUUGGUGCUUGGCGGUGUUGAUUUUACUGGAACGCAUUUGCACACUAUAUACCCUCACGGUUCAACUGACACUCUACCAUUUGCAACCAUAGGUUCUGGUUCUCUUGCUGCGAUGGCCAUCUUUGAGUCAAAAUAUAGUGAGGGCCUGACUAGAGACGAAGGAAUAAAGCUUGUGUCUGAGGUGAUUUGCUUUGGAAUUUUCAAUGACUUGGGAAGUGGUAGCGAUGUUGACGUCUGCGUAAUAACCAAGGGCCGCACUGAGUACUUGAGGAACCACCAGUUGCCAAAUCCUCAGACCUAUGUCAGUUCAAGGGGCUAUUCCUCUACUAAGGGACAGACUGGAAUGCUCCCACCUUUUACAUUGCAGUCGAAAGAAACACAAGCAUUGGCUAGGCAUUGUACAACGGGAAUUGAACUUAGGAUUUCUGCUGAAAGGCUGAUUCUUCUUGAUACCCAGGUGAUGAUUGUGGAAAUCAGUCCUCUACUUGUCAAUGAUCUGUAUUUUCUGGAAGAAUUAUGUACAUGAUUGUUGUGGCCACAACAUUUCUUCGGUGGUCUCUGCCAAAACUUCCUGAGGUUAUCUUACUUGAAGACCUUUUCGUGAGCAUCGCUUUGUCAUUGAGACAAGAAAUGAACAAUGCUUUUAUCAUUGGGACUUCAGAAAAUAUCUGAUGGUAAUUUUUCUCAUACAAAGAUAUCUUAUUGCUCUUGUUAUUUGGACAUAAAAUGAUGUUGGGAAAAAGAAUCUGUGCAGGUGAUUGUGGGCUUGUGGGUUGUUUUUAUAAUUGGUAGUUGGUUCAAUUUCUUGACUCUCUUCUACAUAG